UUACAUAUAAAUAUGACGAUUGUAAGCUAACAAUCAUAUUCUUAACAAGUGUUUGAGGUUUAUGAAAAUAAAUUAAUAAAUAAACAUGAAGGUUUUACUCGUUGCAAUCUUGGUUGCCCUCGUCUGCAUCACACGGGCUUCACCUAUUGAAAGUCCGGAUGUCGAGAUACCAGAACUGGCAGCAGAUGCUAUGGAACCAAUGGAGAUGUUAAACGGCGCUCGUCAACGAAUCUGCACGGCCGCGUUGUGUCAAUCUGUGUGCAGAAGUCUGGGAUGGCGCACAGGCAGCUGCAACGCGCAACUAUUGUGCAUCUGUCGACGUUAACUAAUUAAUUUAAAUUUUAAAUCUUAUGUUAAUUCUUUGUUUAAUAAAUUUUUAGGCAUA